GUGGCAAAAUAAAACGCUAGCAGUCAGCCAGCCAGUCAGUAGCGUUAGCAGCAGCAGCAGCAAUACCACCAACAGUAACAGCAAACAGCAGCAAUCAAGAGGUUGGUCGGUCCGUCGUCCCUCAGUCAACUCUCCUCGGCCGGCAGUCAGGAAGCCAGUUUUUAGUCGAUAAAACGUCGCGAUCGUAUUCACAUCGUUUUGCCUGAUUGUUCGGAGCGUACACGGCUCAGCCGAAAGGGUUAAUUUUUCCUCGACCGAGUUCGUGGCACCCGCAGGACGAUCGAUCGUUGUCGAUCAUCGUGAUUUUCGAAGUUCCCGCUGCGUUUGGGAUUUCUGAUUGGGUGCGCGCGCUCGCGUGUGUGCGUGUUUGUGCAUAAGAGGGUGAAAGCACGGCAGGGCGGCGUUUUGUUUGGAAGGCGUUAGGCCGGUUUUGACAUUUGGCGGUUUUGAAGGAGCGGAAGUUUAUCGUUGCGUUUGAUGGAUGCCAAAUUUGAGCAAUGUUCUACUGCGAGUGAUUCGGAUGUUUAGUCAUAUAGUUGAUUUGUUUUUAAUUAGAGUGGCAUUUUGAAAGGGUGAGAAAAAGGAAAUUUCAGUCGGGUGUCAAUGUGUUUGGGGGUGUAGUGUUGUCGCGAGUGCAGUAGUCUCAAGUGAAAAUCGGUCGUUAGAAUUUCGGAUAUGGGGAGCCGAUUUUUGUGCAAGUGAAAUAAAUUCUAAUGAAGUUGUAAAACAAAAAGGGAAAUUUCAAGGAGAGCCAUAAAACGCGAGAAACGUGCUCGCAUAACUAAUCGAAAGUUUUGUUUUGGUGUAAAAAUAGUUUGCCGCAGUUGUUGCCCUCCGAGAUGUCUAUCCGCGCGAUGGAUGUCAUUAAAGUUUGAGUAAACAAAAAAUUAUCGGUGGUAAGAGUGGAAAUAGCAUAUGACGCUCAUACUCAACCAAAGAGUAGUGAACAACGUGAACAACGCGCGGCCGGACGCGUUCCGAUCUAGUUUUCGCACCAGUUUUCCUUAUUUGCACAACCAGCUUGGCGUCUCGUAUCAGAACAAAGGAAACGAAUCGGUUAAGGGAUAAAACGUGAGCCAACCAAACCUACUUAUCUACUUUGAGGAACCAACUGCAUGGAGGCUUUUGGUUACUAGUGUUUGCCCUCCAUCCAUUUAAAAAUGACUAAACUAUUCGAGGAAACUCGACACGAUGGCCAGCAACUGGUGGGCGAUGGGGAAGCUGACAUGGCGUGGACGAAGCUGUUGGCCGAUGAAAACGCGCCCACGCCGGUAGUGGUAAAAGCGGAUGAUAUCGAGAAACUACCGAGGGAUGUGAUUGUUAGUAUUGACCCGGAGACGGGUAAGCAGACUACCCAACCGGGGGGAGUGACCCAACCGCGUCGCCGGGAGUCCAUCAUUGGAACAUUCCACCGUCAGUUGCGGAUGUCGUUGAAGGCAGUCAGCGAGGCACCCGACGCAUUGACAAGAUAUCGUCAAACGCGAUUCUCCUCGAGGCGCAUACGGAAGCGGGUGAUCUUCAAGCAGGGCGAUUGCAAUGUGGUGCAAGGAAAUGUUGCAAAACGGAGGCGGCGUUAUCUGCAGGACAUAUUCACUACGCUGGUCGACAUUCAGUGGCGCUGGACGUUAGUGGUGUUCGCCCUAAGCUUCAUCCUAUCCUGGCUGGGAUUCGGCAUUAUAUGGUAUCUGAUUGGAUACAGCCACGGUGAUAUGGCCGCCUACGCACAAGGAGACACUCAGCACCAGCCCUGCGUAACCUUCAUCUACGGCUUUACGUCGGCAUUUCUUUUCUCGCUCGAAACCCAACACACCAUCGGCUAUGGUAACCGGUUCGUAACGGAGGAAUGCCCGGAGGCGGUUUUCAUUCUCGCCCUGCAAAGUAUUACCGGCGUAUUUAUCCAAGCAUUUAUGGUGGGCAUCGUGUUCGCGAAGCUGUCCCGGCCGAAGAAGCGCGCCCAGACGUUACUGUUCUCGCGAAACGCUGUCAUCUGCCACCGGGAUGGGGAUCCCUGUUUGAUGUUUCGCGUUGGCGAUAUGCGCAAGAGCCACAUCAUUGAGGCGCACGUGACGGCGCAGAUUAUUCGGAGGAAGAUCACAAAAGAGGGUGAGGUGAUGCCAUUCUAUCAGCAAAAUAUGGAUGUCAGCUGUGAUGGUGGCGACGAGAGGUUGAUGUUUAUUUGGCCAACUAUUGUGGUUCACAAGAUUACCAAAGAUAGUCCACUGUAUAAUCUAUCCGCUCAAGACAUGCUUCGGGAGCGAUUUGAAAUAGUCGUUAUGCUUGAGGGCGUAGUUGAAUCCACCGGAAUGACAACCCAGGCCAGGAGUAGCUAUUUGCCAUCGGAAAUUCUUUGGGGUCAUCGGUUUGAGUCGGUUGUCACAUUCAAAAGAGAUACUGGAGAAUAUGAGGUGGACUAUACCAUGUUCAACAACACAUACGAAGUGGAUACACCACUGUGCAGCGCGCGGCAGCUACAUGAUGUUAAGAAAGAACUCAACAAACAGAGCGGUCUAGGGUCCUCUUCAUCGAGCGAUGAUUCUUCGGAUUCGUCGGACACCGGAUGCGAGCGAACGCCUCGUUCAAACAAACAUUCACUUCCCAACGGUUUCCUGCCAUUCGAAACAACAAACGUUAGCACCGGCACCGGAGAACCUGCCGGCGUUGAUGGGGGCACAAAUGGCGUGACGGUUCCCGCGAACGAAUCACCUUCUACGAAACAGAAGCAGCGGAGUCUCCGAAAGCUCUCCAUCAAGGAGCCCUCGAUGGAUUCAUUAUGCUGAUUUGGGAGGAGUUGUGACCGUUGCGAAUUGCUGUAAACUAUGCGCUAGCGUGGAGGCUGAAGUGGUAUUUCUUUAUUCUUUUGUUUCCCGCCUUCAGUUCGAUGUUGUUGAGAGUCUUCAUAACUACCAACGACAGCGGUGGCGUCGAACAGAGGUCCGGCUGCGAAGCGGAACAAUUCGAGUGUUGAUGAUGUAAAGAAUUUUUUUUUAUCACAAACGAUCAAAGCGUUUCGUUCUUUCCAUUUAAGCUAAUUCAGUUAGGGUUAAGUGUUUUCAAAUUGCACAAGAAUAGCAUAAUUUUUAUUCUGUAGAUUAGGCGGAGUGCGAUGCCAUUGAGUCAAAUUGAUCCGAAUCUCCAGUGGAUAGGUUUUUAAGGUUUCGACCAAUUGUAACAGUGAGAAGUAAAAGCCAUAAUAAAAGAAAAAAAUAGGUUUUAAUUGAAGAA